AUGGGAUUAAAAGACCCUCUCGCCGGCGUUUUUGAUCUUGGCCGGAGAAUUGACCUACUCACGACAAUGGGGAUAUCAGAAGCAAAAGCGAGACUCGAACUGUUCCUAGACUGGCUUCAGGUGAAUGGAGCUGAGUUAAGAGGCUGCAACAUCAACUAUUCCGAUUCCCGAAAAGGAUUUGGCAUUUUCGCCUCCAGCUUCACUGAAACUUCCGAUGAUGUUUUGCUUGUUGUUCCGCUUGAUCUGGCCAUCACCCCUAUGAGAGUUCUUCAGGACCCUCUCCUUGGUCCAGAGUGUCAGAAAAUGUUCGAACAGGGAGAAGUAGAUGACCGCUUCCUGAUAAUUCUGUUCCUCACUUUGGAGCGUCUUCGUAAAAACUCUUCUUGGAAGCCGUAUCUUGAUAUGCUUCCCACUCGAUUUGGCAAUCCUCUUUGGUUUUCCGAUGAUGAGAUGGUUGAGCUGAAAGGGACAAACUUGUAUCACGCAACCGAGUUACAGAAGAAGAAGUUGCUCUCACUUUUCCAUGACAAAGUGGAGGGCCUGGUGAAAAAGCUUCUUAUUUUGGAUGGCGAUUCUGAAAGCGAGGUCUCCUUUGAACAUUUUCUCUGGGCUAAUUCUGUAUUCUGGAGUCGAGCCUUGAAUAUUCCUCUUCCACAUUCUUUCGUGUUUCCACAAAGCCAGGAAGAUGUUGGGGAAUGCCCAUCAACAAGUCAUACACCUGAAGUGAAUUCAGUUGAGGAAAAAGGCAAGUCAUUUACUGAAUUCUAUGCUCCACUCCCUGGUGCGGCAUCUGUAGGACCUGGAGAUACUCUGUGGGUUGAGGGGCUUGUUCCCGGCAUUGACUUUUGCAACCAUGAUUUGAAGCCUAUGGCGACUUGGGAAGUUGAUGGGACCGGAUCAGUAUCUAGAGUUCCUUUCUCCAUGUACCUUCUCUCCGUUGCACAAAAUCCUACCCCAAACAAGGAGAUCUCGAUCAGUUAUGGUAACAAAGGAAACGAGGAGCUUCUUUACCUGUACGGAUUUGUGAUAGAGAACAAUCCAGAUGAUUAUGUCAUGGUACAUUAUCCUGUCGAGGCGAUUCCGAGUAUCCCGUUUUCUGAUUCUAAGGGACAGCUUCUUGAAGCCCAGAAAGCUCAACUCCGGUGUCUCCUGCCAAAAUCGCUCCUGGAUCAUGGGUUUUUGCCACAAAGCACAUCGAAAGUCAGAGAAAGCGAUAAGAAGGAAACAGAGAGACCCUGUAAUUUCAGUUGGUCUGGGCAGCGUAAGAGGCCCUCCUAUAUGAACAAACUAAUUUUCCCAGAAGAUUUCAUGACUGGCUUGAGGACCAUUGCCAUGAAAGAAGAUGAGAUCUACAAGGUCUCAGCUAUGCUUGAAGAGCUUGUAGAGUCAAGACCAGACGAGCAACCUUGUGAAACUGAGGUGAGGAUGGCGGUAUGGGAAGCAUGCGGGGAUUCUGGAGCUUUGCAGUUACUUGUGGAUCUCCUUAAUGCAAAGAUGAUGAAGCUGGAAGAGAAUUCGGGCAGUGAGGAAGGAGAUGCUUGUAUCCUUGAGGAGGCAUGCGUCUUGGAGAGCCACGAACAGCCGAGGGAGUUGGAGGAUGGGAGAAGGACAAUGAGCAGAAACAAAUGGUCAAGUGUGGUGUACCGUCGAGGGCAGAAACAGCUCACAAGACUGUUGUUGAAGGAAGCAGAGCAUGCCCUUCACUUAACCCUCUCCUCUGAUCAUUGA